AUGGAGAGGGACGGGAAUAAAUGCAUGGAUGCAUGCGGUGGCCGUUGCUUAUUGAAUGGAGGGUGGCAAUGGAUGGGGGCGACGAUGACGACCGGCCGACCGAUCGAUUCCCUCUGCAGCUGCAGUUAUCACAACACCGACCUCUGGCCUGUCCAUCACCUCGAUCACAUCGAUAUCAGUUUCUUUGGUUCGAAAAAUCCCCUUUGA